AUGGAACAAGCCUACCUUAAGCUCAAGUCUCAGAACCCAAACCUUCAACCCCCGUCCAAACCGACCAAGCGGGAGAUAACAGAGUUGGACAGACUAAAGGAGGAAGAAGAGCUGCAGAUGGCCCUUGCGCUGUCCGUCAAGGAUAAACAACCCGCCACCGAGCAGCAGCCACCAAACAGCGAGUCCUCCCAGCAAGCCUCUGCUGCAGAAGGGUCCAAUACUGCAUCUACAUCCCAACCUACAGCCAUUGCAUCAGGUACCACGGCUGCCACCGUCUCUCGUGUUCGAGCAUUAUACGACUUCCAGCCCUCGGAGCCAGGCGAGCUUCAGUUCCGAAAGGGUGAUGUCAUCGCUGUUCUGGAAUCGGUGUACAAGGAUUGGUGGAAAGGUUCUCUGCGCGGCCAGACCGGUAUCUUCCCUCUAAACUAUGUCGAGAAACUCUCGGAUCCCACGCAGGAAGAACUGCAGCGGGAAGCGCAGAUGGAAGCAGAGGUGUUUGCGGAGAUCAAGAAUGUCGAAAAAUUGCUGGCCCUUCUUAGCACGAGUAAUUCGGAACUAAACGUGCAGGAGAACGAGGAGAUUACCACCCUCUACCAUUCAACUCUAGCUAUUCGACCGAAGCUGAUAGAAUUGAUCGGCAAAUACUCCAAGAAGAAAGAUGACUUUACGCAAUUGAAUGAAAAGUUCAUCAAAGCUCGUCGGGAUUAUGAAGCUCUGCUUGAAUCUUCAAUGGCACACCCUGGUCAGCCGCAAUUUGGUCGUCCGCCGCCUCAAGCUGCCUAUGCGUACCCACCUUCCGGGGUACAGCAGUACCCUCCUGGCCCUGGCCCACACCAGCCUGACCAGCGGUACUUUACUCCCCGUCCAGGUAAGGAAAUGCAGCCUUUUAAACUUGAAGCCGUGGAUCCUGGGCUGACCAUGUUUAUAGGAGCUCAAAAUGCGCCACCGUCAAAUGACCCUUCAGCAUACUAUGGCGCUGGCGCUGAGCAAUCUGGCCCGCCAUACCCAUCAGCCGCUUCUCCCGAGAAUAGGAAACAUACACCUGUUCCCGGCCAGCAGGCCCAAGAUGCCUACAGCAACCCACAGACACAGUAUACGAUACAGACCAAGUUAGACCAGCCACAGGAACUCAGUACAUCGGCAUAUGACUCUCCUCAAACAGCAACCAACCCUAAUGCCCGACACUCCUACCAUCCACCUACGCAUGAAUCCCAGCCUUCUGCAACUCAUCCGCAGCAUUAUCCACACCCACAACAACCCGUCGCCUACCCACCACCAGGCGGUGCAUCCGCACCCGCGCCUGACUUCAACAACCAAACCGUCCAAACCGCCCCUCCUGGUUCUAACCCCCAAUAUCCCAUGCCACAAGACCAGUCGCAGCAGCAACAACCACAGCAUGGCCCGCCACCAACCCACCAGCCCCCUUCAAUCCCACAAUCCACUUCCCCGCAACCUCCUUACCCAAGCUACCCCGCUCCGACGCCGUCUGCUCCUGGAGUUCCCUCGGGAUUCCAAGCUUAUCACCCCCAGCAGCCGGGUGGUCCAGUGAACCCUAACACAAACCCCAGCCGGUACUACCGAUAA